AGCCUCUGUGCGUUCAUGGGGGCUGGCCGCUCUUGUUCAGGAAAAAUCUCUGACAUUUGAGGCGCUCUAGAGAUUUAACGAGCAUGCCCAGUGGUCGAAACCCCACAUAGAGGAAACGGGUGUACAUUCGAGUCAUACCGAGCAUAGCCUGCGUGUCAGGGCAGUCUACUUACAGCGGGCUGUGAGCAGAACUGGCGCGACCCUUUUGUCCCAAAUAAAACCCAUUCUUUUCUUUUUAUUUUCUCAUCUGGUAAUUGAUAAACUUAUCUCACUCUAUGCCUUAUUUAACCGUUGGUUAUUUUUGAUUCCAAGUCGUGUCGGAGCGCUUAACCCGUGCGUAGUAGUGAUUCCUAGGCUCUUCGUCCUCUCUGGAAGAAAAAAGUUAAAGGCUGGGCCUUUAGCUUUUGGGCACGAAUUCGCUGAAAACCCCCUGACCGGUCGCACCAUUUCUCCCUCUGCCUUGAUCGAAAGCAAAAAAGCUGGUCUUUUUGCAGGCGCGCUAAAUGCUCCUUACGAAGAUGGACCUGUUGAACUACCAGUACUUGGACAAAAUGAACAACAACAUCGGUAUACUUUGUUAUGAAGGCGAAGCGGCCCUGAGGGGUGAUGGCAGGAUGCAGCCGAUGUCCUUGACGUCGGCGGUCAGUAACCACCGCACCGGCCCGCCGCCCAUCAGCCCCAGCAAGCGCAAGCACAGCGGAGAGUCGCCCCACGACGAGAUGCAAUACAGCAACGAGCACGUGGCCAAGAUGAGCCGCCUCUUCGCCCAGCAACUGGGCAAGCCGGCCAACGGCGACUACCGCAAGGACCCGCGCGAGCGCAGCCGCAGCCCCCCGGAGCGAGCCUCCAUGUCGGCCGCCAGCCUGCACAGCGCAGCCCUCUACGCCCACAUGCCCACCGCCGGCCUGGCAAUGGACCAGCCCCUCGCACUGACCAAACACAGCCUGGACGCCCGCACCGCCGCAGCACUCGCCCUCGCCCAGCCCAGCCUCAGCCCCAUCGAGCGGCAGCAGAAUCGUCCGUCUGUGAUCACCUGCGCCCCAGCGAACAACCGCAACUGUAACCUCUCCCACUGCACUGUGUCCCACAACGGCUGCUCCAACGCACUCAACAGCAGCUACAGGAGGCCCUCCAGCACCAACAGCACGGUGUGCGACCCGGUGAUCGAGGAGCACUUCCGCCGCAGCCUGGGCAAGAACUACAAGGAGGCGGAGGUGUCCGCGGCGCCGGGCACAGGCGGCACGGCCGGCGGCACCAACUCUGUGUCCAUCACGGGCUCGGUGGACGACCACUUCGCCAAGGCGCUGGGCGAGACCUGGCUGCAGAUCAAGGCCAAGGGAAGCUCCUCCUCCUCCGGCAGCCCAAACUCCUCCCCUCCGCCAGGUCACAUGAUUAGCCACAGCCACUCCCCCUCAGUCAUCUCCUGAGAAAGAGGACCAGAAAACUAACUCGCCUCCCUCCCCAUCUACCUACCUACUACAUCCUCAACCUACCAGCCCCUGGCCCAGACACCCCAGGCUUGUGUCUUGAAAUGUUCACCUCACUCGCUGGCUACACGGUGCACUGUUAAGGAACAAAGCAAUGUAAAUCACACAGCCUAUGUAGUGCACGAUGCAGCAAAUGAGUGGAUAUUUUGGACAUGGCUCAACUUCCCUGGCCUCCACCCCUAUCGACCCCUGACCCCUUGGCCCAGUAAGCUUCCUAUUCCCCAUGAGCCCUUCGACAAACCAUGCAUGCAUGUUGUAGCCUGUCUCAGUGCUUGACAUUGGCAUUGCUAGUUGUAUAGCGUUGUACAUAAGACAGAGGGGCAGAAAGGAGGUGCUUUGUCUGUCAUUUUUAUCCUUUUUUGUGUGUGUUUUUUUUUUCUCUUGUCCUUUUUUGCCUUUUACUUUUUAUUUCUCAUUAAGUCUGUUUUAUUUGUCUGCCUUCAUAUUUUUUUUGCUUGGCAUAUGCAUUGCCCACAGUGUAAAAAAAAGAAACCGUGCUUGAACCAUUUUUUUUUUUUAACAAUAGGUGUAUGCAGCAGCUUGCAUCCUACUGACCCGUUUGAACUACCAAAGAAAAACCUUCAGAUGCAAACCUUUUAGCCUUUUAGCUGAGCAGCAAGCGUCUCUUCACACACCUCGCUCCAGAACACUUCAUCUGGACUCUCUGGUUGUCAUGCACCACUACACCAAGUGCAGCCCCUCUCCUACUCUCUCCAUGCCUCUCUUUUUCCCUAUUUUCAUCUUUCUCAAACUCUGUCUUCUCAUGUUCUCUCCAUCUUCAUCCCUCUUUCUCUCGGUCCCUCCCCAUCUCCCCCCCCCCUCUCUCCCUCUGCUGUCAGUGUGUGUGUACUUGAAACAAGAGAGCCUGGUCCGAUUUGCACUAUAGAUGGAAUGGGAGGAAGGACUAUGUCAACACUGGGUGGGAAUAACUCAUGUCAAGUAUUUGACAUACUUUUGACAUUUGACUUGUACUAUAUUUUGAAGUUCCUGUUUAAAAAAAAAAAAAAUCUGUUGAGGGAGAAACAAAUUGGGCAGAAAGACAGUGGUGGACAUUGAGAGUCCUGACUGCGCUUGUUUGGUGGUGCAUCAAGACUAUAUAACGUGAAAGGUGAACAUCAGUCCAGCCAUCUCUUCAGAAAACGUUUCUUUUUAUUCUUGUUUAGCCGGUUGUUUGUUGCUGACAACCAGACUGUGUUCUUUUCUACACAUGGGCAUUUUGACAUCAUUUUGGAUUGUGUCUCCCCCCUCCCUCCCCCUCGGCACUGUGGUUUUGGUAGAGCAUAGCUAACUAUGGUUUUGAAAGGGUAAAUCUUAGUGCUUACAGAUGCAUGUUUGAAAUAGCUGGUAUCUAUUGUUUUAGACAUUUCAACUUUCAUUCUUUUAUUAGCGAUUUGUGUUUCCUUUCAGAUGUUUUAGGUCUAUUUUUAUCAGUAACAGUCUAGAUAAACUUACUGCUGGUACAGUUGUACUCAAUAUUUUUUAUUCAAAAAUAUUCAUCAUUUGGUAGCAGCCAGCGUCAAGUGGAUGAACCUCCGGAUAGGUUUCUCUAUAUUAUUAUUAAUGGUUGGAUUUUUAUAUCUUAUGAAUUAAUCCACGGUACAGGAUGCUGUCACAUUUUGUUUUCCUGCAUGACUGAAAGAAGAGAUGGAAGCCCAGCUGUGGCAGCUGUAGACAGGCCGGCCAGCCGCCCUCCCAGAGAGUUGACUUUCUCCCGGGCGACAAGGCAACAUAACAAAAAAAAAGACCGAAAAAUAUGUGGAGGCGAAGUUAGUUAUUUCUUCUCUCUCCUUCAUAGACAUCUUUCACUGACUUCUCUAAGUUUUAACAGCAGUUGCCUGCAGCUGUGGAGACCUGACAUGUUUCGUUUCACUUCUUUUUUCAUUUUUUAUUAAAAACAACCAACCUGUAUCCAGGCGUUAAUACAUUCCUCCCACAAGGAACCUAGUUACAGGUUAUAUUGCAUCUGUGUCUCGAUUUCAGUAUAACUACUAACAGUGAACAUUAGUGAUUAAGGAGAUAUGGUGGUGGAGAGGCAGACCCAUGGAGAGGCAUGGACAUACGCACUGCUCAUCUUAAAGCUCACUCUUCCCUAACGGUAUGUCCUGACAUUCCAUCAUCCCAGCUCACACCCCCAUUGGCCACCACUAAAUACAACUCAGCCAAUCACAUUGUGUUUGAGAAGAGUGACAACAGCUGCUGCUAGACAGCACACUUUGCGCUCGCAUAAUCUGAGGAGUAAAACGGAUUUUACUCUGACAAGAAAAUUGUCGUUUUUGUGUUUUCCAUGUAUCUAAUUGACACAUGAAACUGUGUAUUGUAACAGUAGGCCAUGUAAAUCCUCCUACUUCAGUACCACAUGCAUGUACACAGAGGGAAAAGGGCAUUGUGUCCCUAGGUCAUUAUUGUACACAUUUCACAUUUCAUUUUGUUUUGUUCUUUUGUUUUGAGUAGACUCACUUUCAUCUUUGACACACAGUACCCUACAGCACUGUAGGAGAAUCGCUUAAAGAAAAAAAAAACUUUUUAUAUAGGUAACUAUAAGACCAUCAUUACGCUGUGCGUAACGAAUGUACAGAGAACAGAAAAAAUCGUAGUCAUAUUUUUUGAGGAACAAUUAAUUUGUUAAUGAUAUGUAGCUAUUUAAUUUUCCCUGUCCUUUUAUUGUAAUCUUGCAUUAUUAUUAUUAUUUUGUUUUUUUUUUCCUGGAAAAAAAGUUGAUCUUUUUUGUUUGUAGAUUGUUGUCUGUUAAAAGGUUAAGUGCAGGAACACAGUUUUAUUCUAUGAAAACCAGAACAGGGCGUUAUUGCGCCACCGCCACCACCCCUUACUAGCGCGAAAGGCUACUGAGCGGUCGGAACAACAUCACCCUAUUCCCAUGGUGAUGGCCUGUCAAUCACCUGCCCCCACCCAACUCUAUCCCUUUGACGACGGUCGGACCGUCAAUCACUCCCCACUCCACCCUACCCCCACACCUGAGAACAAACAUGGACAUCCUGCAGGUGCCCAAACACUGGUGGCCCCCAAUCCCCUCAUACACAACUAGAUUUGGGAUUUAAAAAAAAAACCUAGAUUCUGUAAUUUGCCGCAAACAGUUAAAUCUGAAGAUGGUUUUAGUGGGAAAAAAAGAGAGAUGGUUAAAAUGAUUACACAGAACUUUUAAAAUCUUCACUUGGAAGCAGCAUGUUUAGGUGUUCUUCCUCUGACAACAGAGUCUGUUUGUAAAUCUGUAUUAUAUUUCUCAUUUUUUGUGGCCAUUUUGCCUUUUGAAUAAAAAAAGGAUUUGGCAGGCCACCCUUUUGUACUUAAAGUAGCCUUGACGAACAAUAAAGUGCUCUUAAACCACAA